CGCCUCGUGUUUCUCCACGCAGUAGGGUCAAUGUUUUAGAAGCUCCUGGUGCCGUAGAUACCAAAGGCCAAUCUAAGUAACAAUUCUUUAAUAGUUGGUGUGAUCAUGAGCUCUCAAAUAACUUGUAUCGGAUGGGUGAGGAAGGGGGUUUCUAAAGAAACACCAGAUAAAGUUGAAUUGAGUAAAGAGGAGCUGCAGCGCAUUAUAGCCGAGGCAAAGGAUGAAUUAAGGCAAGAUGAUGAUGAUGAUGAGCAGGAGGAGUGCCCAGUGAGUGAGCAAGAGAAGACAGAAACUCAUUCAGCACCAGAAAUGACUGCUGCUGAUGAAGAAAAUCCAGCAGAAAAUGAUCUAGCCGAAUAUGAACUGGACAAAUACGAUGAGGAAGAUCUUGAGACGGCUAACCUCGGGGACAGUCUGGCAGGUCUGACAGUGUUUGGCAAUAAUGAAGAAGAUCCUUAUAUCACCAUUCAAGACACAGACCAGUAUGAAAGAGAGGACUUCCAGCUCAAGCCUACUGAUAACCUCAUUCUGGCUGGUAGGGCUGAGAAGGAUUGCUGCAAUCUUGAGGUUUAUGUGUAUAACUCUGAAGAGAACUCUCUGUAUGUCCACCAUGACAUUCUCCUCCCUGCUUAUCCACUGAGUGUCGAGUGGCUGAACUUUGACCCCAGCCCUGAUGAAGGCACAGGGAAUUAUGCAGCAAUAGGAAACAUGACUCCUGUUAUUGAUGUGUGGGAUCUGGAUGUGGUGGACAGCUUAGAGCCUGUGUUUUCUCUUGGCAGUAAGAAGACCAAGAAAAAGAAGAAGAAGAAGAAUGCUGCCGAGCCCAUAGAGGGCCACACUGAUGCUGUAUUAGAUUUGUCAUGGAACAAGAUGGUUAGGAAUGUUUUGGCAAGUGCUUCUGCUGAUGAGUCUGUGGUUCUUUGGGACCUUGUGCAAGGCAAACCAGCAACAACACUAAGACGCCACACAGAUAAGGUCCAGACUCUGAAGUUCCACCCAUUCGAAGCACAGACUCUCAUCACCGGGUCUUAUGAUAAGUCAGCUAUCCUAUACGACUGUCGCAAUCCAGAAUCCAGCAAUCGUAUCUGGCGCUUUAGCGGUCAGGUGGAGCGACUGGUGUGGAAUCACUUCUCCCCAUGCAACUUCCUUGCAAGCACAGAGGACGGCUUCAUUUACUGUUUAGAUGCCAGAUCAGACAAGCUGGUCUUCACGCUGAGGGCACAUGACGGAGAGGUGUCGGGUAUGGACCUGAGCAGUCAAGUGAGCGGCUGUCUGGUUACCAGCUCUGCUGACAAACAUGUGAAAGUCUGGGAUAUUCUCGGAAACAAGCCCAAGCUCAUUCACUCCAGAGACAUGAAAAUGGGAGUGCUGUUCUGUGCGGCUUGCUGUCCUGACCUGCCAUUCGUCUAUGCGUUUGGAGGACAGAAGGAUGGGCUGCGUGUAUGGGACAUUAGCGAUGUAGCUGCGGUGUCAGAGGUUUUCGGCAGCCGGGAACGUUUGGUUGCCAACACGGUGUCUGCGGACUCCAGCAGCAGCAUGGAGGUCUCUUAAUGGAACAGCUAGAGACUUUGCGACCAAAUAACUUCUUUUCCUAUUAAUCCAAAAUAAGCAAAUUCUGUUUAGAGAAAAACAAUCCAGUAUAUACUUUGUUUCUGGUGUACAAGAUAAAUGAAAUGUACCAUUAUUACAAAAAUAUAUGCACAUUUUGUGAUGAACUCAUUAAACAGAGGUUUUAAU